UAAGAAUCAGAAGAAAAGGACCCGAGCCUAGGGUUCGGUCUGCCUCCCACAGCCGCCGCUACGCUUUGGCUGCAUCACUCGCUCCUCUUCGGAGCCUCCCUUUCGCCGGCGGCGUAGGAAGAGAUGGCAGAGCGUUUGACCCGUAUCGCCAUCGUCAGCGAGGACAAGUGCAAGCCCAAGAAGUGCCGCCAGGAGUGCAAGAAGAGCUGCCCCGUCGUCAAGACUGGGAAGCUUUGCAUUGAAGUAACUUCGGCAUCAAAACUAGCUUUCAUUUCUGAGGAGCUGUGCAUCGGUUGUGGUAUCUGUGUAAAGGUAGGCUUCUAACUUCUCCAGCUAACUAUGGGGAUUGUUUGGUUCAGCUUUUUUCUGAUGAGCUUUUAUGAGAAUCUGUUUGUGGGGAGAAUCUGAGUACUGUGGGGAUUACAUGCGAAGGAAGAUGAAAUGGUCCAUAUGGUUUAGGAUCUAGAAAGUGACAGAUUCCGCUUAUCGCGACGACUCGACCGAUUGUGUGUUCACGUUGAUUUGGACGAUUUUCACCAAAACGAUUCUCACAGAAGCGGGCUGAAAAGUAGGGCGUUUGACAGUCCGCUGCAGCUUCUGGCGGCCAGAAGCCGCCGAUAAGCUCAUUAUGUAAGCUGAACCAAAUGGGCAGUCCGCAGAACAUUGUUAUUAAAACGUCACUUAAACGUCGUUUAAACGAUAAAACGUGGUUAUAGGCUAGAACGUCCGAACGUUUUAACAUAAUCACGUAGAAUGUCCGUGAAACGCGUUUAAACGUCCAUUUUGCGUCGUUUAAGCGUUUUAGGACGUUUUAGACAUGUUUUGGACGUUUUACAUUGUUGGGCCUCUCAAAGGCCCAAAAAACUAUCUUAACCGGUGCAGCGCAGCCAGGAUCGUGGACAGCCUCCUCCAGUGCCUGCUACGCUGUCCAGCUCCUGCUAUGUCGUCGCCCGCCUCCCUCCUCUCCUCCAGCGUCACCCGCUCUCAGUCGUCCACCGCCACGCGCCUCUCUCCUCUCCUCCACCCCCUCCAGCGCCCGACUCCCUCUACCAGCGCCCAAGCACCCCCUCCCCUCUCCCACGUCCAGAGUCGGCUGCCUCUGACGUCGGCCCGUCGCCCACCAGGUCCUCUAGCAGCCAACAUCGCCUACAACUGCAUUCCAGAGUUCCAGCUACAACCAUGAAGUUCCAAUGUCUCCUGCAACUGCUCUAUUUGAAAUGUCCAUUUGAUGCCAUUGAAAUCAUCAACCUUCCAAAAGACUUGGAAAAGGAUACCACUCACCGAUAUGGGCCUAAUACCUUCAAGUUGCACAGCUUGCCCCUUUCGGGGCAUUACUGAUCUAGCCACCUACAGGUUGCCUGUCCCAAGGCCUGGUCAGGUUUUGGGCCUUGUUGGAACAAACGGGAUUGGAAAGUCGACAGCUCUUAAAGUGUUGGCUGGCAAGCUGAAACCUAACUUGGGGCGCUUCAAAAACCCACCUGAUUGGCAGGAAAUUCUUACAUACUUUCGUGGGUCUGAACUUCAGAACUACUUCACACGCAUAUUGGAAGAUAACCUGAAGGCAAUCAUCAAACCUCAGUAUGUUGACCACAUUCCAAAAGCUGUUCAAGGGAAUGUAGGACAAGUACUUGAACAGAAGGACGAGAGGGAUAUGAAAUCUGAACUGUGUGUUGAUCUUGAAUUAAACCAAGUUAUUGACCGAAAUGUAGGAGAUCUUUCUGGUGGUGAGCUUCAGAGAUUUGCAAUAGCAGUUGUUGCUGUGCAAAAUGCAGAAAUCUAUAUGUUCGAUGAGCCAUCAAGCUACCUUGAUGUGAAGCAGAGGCUAAAAGCUGCACAAGUCGUUAGGUCCUUGCUUAGGCCUAACAGCUAUGUCAUCGUUGUGGAACAUGAUUUGAGUGUCUUGGAUUACUUGUCCGACUUCAUUUGCUGUUUAUAUGGCAAGCCAGGUGCUUAUGGUGUGGUUACCUUGCCAUUCUCUGUCCGAGAGGGUAUCAAUAUUUUCUUGGCUGGAUUUGUUCCAACAGAAAAUCUUCGGUUCCGAGAUGAAUCUCUUACAUUUAAGAUUGCAGAGACUCAAGAAAAUGCUGAGGAGAUUGAGACGUAUCAGCGGUAUAAGUACCCUACUAUGAGCAAAACACAGGGAAAUUUCAAGCUUACUGUUGUUGAGGGUGAAUUUACUGAUUCCCAGAUUGUUGUUAUGCUUGGUGAAAACGGGACAGGGAAAACUACAUUCAUCAGAAUGCUGGCUGGGUUGUUGAAGCCAGACACGGUGGAAGGAACUGAUAUUGAAAUUCCUGAAUUCAAUGUGUCGUACAAGCCCCAAAAGAUUAGCCCGAAAUUCCAGAAUACCGUGAGGCAUUUGCUGCAUCAGAAAAUUCGGGAUUCCUAUAUGCAUCCGCAGUUUGUGUCUGAUGUGAUGAAACCACUGCAAAUUGAACAACUCAUGGACCAAGAGGUUGUUAAUUUAUCAGGUGGAGAGCUCCAAAGAGUUGCUAUAUGCCUCUGCCUUGGAAAGCCUGCAGAUAUCUAUCUGAUUGAUGAACCAAGUGCUUAUCUUGAUUCGGAGCAGCGUAUUGUUGCCUCAAAAGUUAUCAAGAGAUUCAUUCUUCACGCGAAGAAAACUGCAUUUAUUGUUGAGCAUGAUUUCAUCAUGGCAACAUACUUGGCUGACAAGGUCAUUGUUUAUGAGGGGCGACCUUCUAUUGACUGUACUGCCAACGCACCACAGUCUUUAGUAUCUGGGAUGAAUAAAUUCUUAUCGCAUCUCGACAUCACUUUUAGAAGAGACCCAACCAACUAUAGGCCACGUAUAAACAAGUUGGAAUCGACAAAGGACAGGGAACAGAAGUCAGCCGGGUCCUACUACUACCUCGAUGACUAAUGAGGAAGUGCAGAUUCUUCUUGGAGAGCCAUAUGUCGCAUAAUCUUUCCAGAGCGUGGAAAGGAGAAGCUACUUUGAAGCUACCACUGCAUCAUGGCAUGUGACUUGUUGAAUAAUUGGUUGCAGGAGUAGAGUGCGCCGGUUAUAACUUAUAAAGCAGAGCAUGCCGUGUUGAUACUGAGUUUUUUGUUGGCUUGACCUAUAUGAAGAGAAGGAUCGGUGUUAAAAUGAGAUUUGCGAGGGGGAACUAAUUUCUGUUUUUAAGCAAUACUGUACUGUCGUUUUGCUAUCAAGUAUAUUUGACCCUCGAUUAUAUAGAUUACAUUGAAGUUUUUGGGCAACAAUGUGAAAUCUUGUGAUAAAUCUCUGUGCUUAUUGGUUAUCUGAUUGUAACUCGUCCUUUGUAAACUUUGUUUGAAUGAGCAAGUGAACUGAUUGUCGAUAGUUUGUUCA